AUGGUUGAAGUCGACUCGACUCCCUUGGCCGAAGUGACCAACGCAAUGGUCAAGACGGGCCUUCUGCCCAUCACCCAGGCUGAACCCCUGGCAGCAGUUCUGCUGCCAGAGAUCAGGCAACUCCUUGUGGAAUUGCGUGAGACUCGAGCGGAGACCCAAGCCCAUCAGGUCGAAACCCGUGCAAACAAUCGAGUGGUUAUGACCCGACUUGCUGCAAUCGACACCCGACUUGGGGCCAUUGACACCCGACUUGGGGCCAUCGACACCCGACUUGGGGCCAUCGACACCCGACUUGCGGCCAUCGACACCCGAUUUGAGGGUAUAGGCACUCGAUUAGAUCGGAUUGAAGGUAUCAAUAACGAUUGGCUUAAUCAUGGCCGGAGGAUGGCGAAUCAGUAUGACCCCCCAGCCCCUCCAGCCUCCCCGCGACGAUCAAAACGAAGACAUUAG